AUGAAAGACUACGAUGAACCCGUGAGUGUGGCUUCUAGUGACAGACCAGUUCUAUUUACUAUAUAUUUCGAGUCUGCUAACACAGUUGACACCGGGCAGUCAUCUAGUGAUUCAUCUUCCAUAGCACAGGAUUCCGAGUUCCAGGAAGCCGUUAUAGAGCACCAAAUGACCCUACUCGGACCAGAGUCUGACACUGAUUGUGAUCGUAGCAAGUCCGAGCAUGCACCGAUCAUCGCAGGCUGUGCUUUGGAUGUAGUCGUCAACCAAGAUGGCGAAGAAACUAUGUCCGGCGGCAUCCCCCAGCUCGGAUUGCUGGCUGGUUCGAUGCAUAAGCUGUCCCUAAUCAAGAAGGGAGAGGCAUUCUCGAAGGAAACUGAUCCCAGAUUGUUUUUCAAUGUCUCCCACCCAUCAAGUGUCUUUAUUUGUGGAUCACAGGGCUCGGGCAAGAGCCACACGCUCUCUUGCUUGCUCGAAAACUGUUUGAUCCAGUCCAAGGCUGGAAAACUGCCAAAUCCCCUAACUGGGUUGGUCUUCCACUAUGACACAUUCUUUAGCGACGUGACCGGCUCCCCAUGUGAGGCUGCUUUUUUGUCGUCGCACCCAGAUGUGAAAAACGAUCUUAAUACGGAGCGUAUGAUGGACCUUAUGGCGGUUUCCCAGGGUGACGGAGAAUUGCCAUUAUACAUGCAUACCGCCAAGCGGAUACUCCGGGAGAUGAGGACCUCUCAACAAGAGACACAAUCCGGCUUUGAUUACAAGGCUUUUAAGAACAAAAUCCUCGAUUCUGGUCUGACUCCUGGCCAGCUCGAGCCACUAAAACAACGUUUGGAGAUGUUGGAGAGCUUUAUGCCGCAGACGCAGGUUACCAAAGCGACAUACAAAAGAGCGCAGACCCUACCGAAGCGAGGCUCGCUUUGGGAGCCGAAGGCCGGCCAGUUGACAAUUCUCGAUCUCUCAUGUCCGUGCAUAUCUCCUGGAACGGCGUGUUCACUUUUCAACAUCUCGCUCGCCAUCUUCAUGGAGCAAGAGAGCGACAUCGGGCGGGUCGUUGCACUUGAUGAAGCACACAAGUACAUGAAGACCUCUUCUGAAGCACAGGCGUUUACUGAAACGCUUCUCUCUGUCGUCCGCCUCCAGCGUCACCUUGCGGCUAGGAUAAUUAUCUCGACCCAGGAACCCACGGUGUCAACGGAUCUGCUUAAUCUCUGUACCGCAACCAUUGUUCACCGAUUCGCCUCCCCGGAGUGGUUGAGAAUCCUGCAGAAGCACCUGGCGGGUGCGGCUACUAAUCCUUUCGCUCGCAAGAAGGGUAAGACUGGAGGUAGAGGCACUGACGGCGAAGAAGGGGAGCUCGACGAAGCAAACGAGAAAUCCUUGUUUGACCACAUCGUUAAUCUUCGUGUCGGUGAGGCGCUUCUGUUUUCUCCGAGCUCCAUUGUGGACGUUAGCAUUGACGAAGAUGGCGGCUACGAACUCCGUAGGCUGGGGUCGGAAUAUCUCGCCAUUAGGGUCCGGCAGAGAAUCACGAAAGAUGGGGGCCGAAGUGUUCUCGCGGUUUGA